AUGUGCACCAUACAAUCUCUGCAUUUAAAAUUCAACUUUGUUUACUUUUUAGUCUGCUUUAGAAUUGCUUAAAUACGUUAUGAUUUUUACUCAGUUUGAUACAAUAGCCAUCCCAUGAAAGCGUCAUAACUUAGUUUAAAACCUACUUUGAACAAAAAAUUAUGUAGAAACGAAAAUGCACUUGAAGAUGGCUUGAUCUAAAUGUCAUCAAAAAUAUUUCAUUAAAUCUGAAACCGAAGCUUUAAUUAUAUUUGCCUCAAUCGUGCCUUUGUAUUUUUUUGAAGUUAGUCAAAAAUGACAACGACUUUUAUCACUGCAAACUCGAAUACCUUGUUGGCUUCUGAAACCGCAAAAUCAAGUCGAAAGGUUAACAUAGCCGACCGACCAGAUGACGACAACGACGAAUCACGACCUCAGACUCGGUUCAAAACUCCCGGAAUCCCCUAUGACCAAUGGGACGAUUGCUGCUUACGGCAAUUAUUCGACCCUGCUUAUAUUGACCAUCUACCUGUUAAAGAGCAAUUGAAGUACUAUAAGCAUCGGAACAUGGCGAAAUCGAAGUUGUACAAUAUGGCUAGAAGGGUAUGGGGCGAUCGACACUUGGGUCCAAGAUGGAGAAUGAUUGAAACGAGUGGUGGAGGGACUGAGAACAAAGCCCAGCCGAGUGACCUAGAACAGGAGUUGAUGAGUCAUGAGAAGAAUAAGAGACUGCCCAACUAUCCCCCUGCUCACGGGUCAAUUGGGGGUAGUGGGGGGAACAGAGCAGGGAGGACAUUGCUGUGGAAUGACGACGAGGAUUUUCCAGACAUGAAAAGCUCCGAAUUCUACGUGCCAAGAAAUAGACGCCCGCCAUUUGCUCUGGAUCGAAAACUGACCAAUCAGAAUUCAGUACCUGAGACUGAGAAGAAAGCGACCAAUCAGAUUGAAGCACUCAAAUUACAGGCCAAUGUCGAGGAGAGAAAACAGCAGAAAAUAAGAGAAGAAAAUUAUCGAAAAUGGGUAAAAGAUCGUCAGGAAUUAAGACAGGGCUUAGACCGCAUGGACGAUUUGGAACGCUGGUUGUCAUCAAAACCAGACGUUUCGCCUUUAGAAGCUGUUGUCUUGAAAAGGUUUCUGGAGUGGAAAUUCGAACAAGAAGAACUGAAACGGAAGAAACCUCCUAAGAUUCGGACUCCAAGUAGUGUGACAUCUGUAGCUCCUGAGAUUGAGAGACCUCUGCCUGUCAUGAUUGCAGUUCUCGAGGCAUACUUACAGGAGCAUAAACUGAGACUGGUUGACUAUUUCUCCAUGACAGACAAGGAGAAAAAGUGGACUCUUGGAAGAGAUGAGCUGCGUGCGAUAAUAGCGUGGACUAAACUGCCGGUGACAGAUGCGGAGUUGGAUGACUUCAUCCAGUAUCUGGACCACAGUGGGGGAGGCUAUCUGGAGUACAAGGACAUCGCCAGGACCAGGACCAGAUUUCUCAGCGAAGAGAGAAAGGCCAUUCUGGAAGAGUAUGGAGGUGAAAUUGGCACCGUGCUGGCUGAACAGAAGAGAGCAAAAUCCAGAGCAGAAAAGGAGGCAGAGAGAGCGAGGAAGGCGGAAGAGCUGAGAAACCGGAGCAUUCAACCAUCUGAACCGCGUGAGGCUUCGUUUGUAGCUUACGAAGGAGACCGAAAGCUGUACAAAGUCACUUACGGAGACCCAAGGAAGCCCCCGAAUGGUAAAAAGAAGAAGCAAUCCCAGGCUAUCAAGAAUGAGUCGACUUCACAGCAAGAGGAGAACUCCACCUCAGAUGCGAACAAAUCCAGACUGAGUUCCAGCACUAAGAGCCCAACUAAUGACGUCAUGGCGAGGAGGAGAAAAGAGACGAUUGCGAUGAGGAGGAGACUGUUCAAGAGUAAACUCAACUCAGCCCCACCCGAUGGCAGAUCGAAUGAGUCACAGAGGAGGGGGAUGAGGGAGGAGGUGGAGGGAGGAAAUUUUCACACGGUCGAGGAACACACCGAAAGAGCAGACAGCAGAACAGAUUUCAAAUCAGACAGAGAAGGAAUUGAGACUCCGACUAGACGACACAAACACAAUGACAGCGACAAUCAGAACAGUAAGAGGCGGAACAAGAGUGCGGUCACGUGGUCAGAGACUAAUCGACACCAGCAGGGGGAGAGGGAGUGGACGCCUGUACAGGUGGAGAGAUACAGGGAGUUGGGAAUGAGAAGGGCCGCUGAUAUACUCAAUAGCCGGUCCCCUUCUGCUCCUCCAAGUGAACCCGACAUCCCGGAUCCCCCCGAAAGUCCCUUCAUCAGAACCCCCACCCCCACCAAUGGAAACAACAACAACAACAAUAACAAUCAGCGAAGCCCCGUCUCGAAAGCUGCAGGUGCAAAUAUACCACCUCUUCCAAAAUCCAGCCAGUCUGGUCGAAGCUUGCAUAGCGGUGCCACCGGGUCCUUCGCGACAACUCGACUGGAAACUCCGCCGAUCGACACAAAUGAGGCGAUUGAGUUUGACGACGAGAUGUUCUUUGACAAGGCGAAGCGACUCCAGUACCACACUCGUUUAAAUAAAGAAAGACAGAAAAAUCCACGGAUGCUAGAACCCGUACCACUAAUGGUGCGUAGUGGUGACCCUGAAGUGGACAGUCACAUGGCCUUCUGCACCAGAUGGGAUCCCUUGAUUAUACAUGAGAGGAGACAACAGUUCAGACAGCUGACCUGGAUGGAGUAUGAGAAGUGUGUCAAGUUGUGCGAACAGAAGGGCAUCCCCCUCACAGAGAAAACCUUGAAGAGAGCUCUUUUGCAUCCAGCUGACCUCCGACUGACGGUCAAGGACAAAGUGCGAGUUCCGGGCAUCGCUGUAGACUUCCCGAGAGGAGAAAUUGCCAAGAAAAAAGAGACUGAUGAAGACGACGAAGAGGAUGAAGACGAAAGGUUACUGGAAUACAUGGCAGUAUCUAACCUAACCAACGCUCUGUUCAGUUUCGCCAAUAACCUCAACAAGGAUACAAAAGGUCAAGCUCAAGGUCAAGGUGAACUCCAGGGUGCGGAAGCUGAUGACGACACAGUGUCAACGGCCAGCUCAGAUUUGGAUUCGAUUGAUUAUAAAAUUUUCAAGCCCAAUGCGAAGAAUGCUUCUAAUCCGGCCUGCCUGUACCCAAAACACCGACCGCGGAAAGAGAUCGAACCGAUGAAGUUAUCAACUGGACCUUCUUUUGUCUCGUCCAAAAUCGACAAUUGGAUCUCAUACAAAGACUUCCUAAAAAUCAGUAAAAGAAGUGGGAAAAAGCAGCCUGGCAUUUCCUAUCACGGAUUCUAUGAUGAGCGAAAAAUGUGGCCCGGACAAAUGUAUAAAACGAGGCUUCCAGAAGAUACUAGAGUAAAACACGAAGAGACUAUGUUUCAACGAAAACCAGAUGAGAAACCCCAGUUCAAAGGGAAAACUACAAUAUACAGUCAUUUGGUGAAGUAGAUUAUGAAAACCAGAUUCAUUUGAAAAUUCUUUUCAAAUUAAAAACUUGAAAACAGCAAUUUUUUUAUGUUUAAG